CUGGAAGUGUGUGCGUUGAAUCCAUCGUUAUGUGUCUUGCAAGAGGCCAGCAGUCCCACACGCACAUCGAAACACAGUCAAAAAUUCAAUUCGCAACAGCUGUCACAUCCAUCCAUCGAGAGAUCUGUACAAAGAGGAAGUUCCGUGUCAUUAAACAUCUGGGUAAGUAGGCAAGUAUCGAUAUCGACCGCCAGAAGGCGCGCUGCACAGUGCACACGUCCCCCCGUGUGGCACGCAGCCCUCGUCGGAUCAAACACUCUAGGUAAAAGCACACAACACAUCCGACACACCGCCUACAAAAUGAGCCGCCCGUCCCCCCGGCACGAGAGAGAGAUGUCACACGAAGGUAACCUGCGGCAGGGGAACAGAGAGCGAACGUCGAAUUCCUAUCUGCGCAAGACAGACAUGGGCUUGCUGCUGAGCGUACCGAGUUGAGAAGAGGGAAGUUCCGCCGCAGCCUCUGCUGGAUCUCAAGCUGUCAGGCCAACGCAGCACACACACACGUGCACACAAGUGUGGGUGGGACGUGGCUUAUGCCUCCCUCCGUUCUGUUCUCUCUAUGCCGCCUGCCUACCCUGAUGGAUCGGUUUUCUGCUGAUCUGCCGGUCAUCUUGAGCGCCACAGUGGCAGCGACGCUGCCCACCUUGUUGGCCUCGACCACAGUGAUGUCGCCGCCCGUCAUCUUGAUGAAGGGCCGCACACCGUCCAGGAUUUUCUCCACAUUCUCCUUGGUGAAAGCCAUCCCGUUCUCCGCACCCUCGCUGCACACCCCAGCCACACAACACACACAUCCAAGACAUUCACACCAUUCGGAUGGCGAGAGGCCAAGGUUGUUCUUCGGGACCUACCUGACAGCCUCUACGCUGUUGAUCUCGGGGAUCCUCUCGCGCAGCCGCCUCUCCACCCCUUACACACACAACCAGACAGACAGAUGGGCCACAUGGCAUGCGUCAGGUAUGUCUAUCCAGUCCUUAUGCACCCACCCACCCACCCAUUCGGACAGUGACGACUGAUGAUGGACACGAGCCGCACGCGCCCUCAAGCUGCAGAUAGACAUCAGGCCCCUCUAUCGACUUCAGAGAGACGUUCCCACCUGCACCAACCAGCCCACAGAGGGAGGGAUGGACACUCACUCGCAAUUGGUCUGUCUGUCUGUCUGAGCUGGUUGUCCAUCCAUCCAUCCAUCCCCACCAGCUCACCCCACUCACCGUCAGCAAUGAGGUAUGGCCUGACUUCAUCCAGGACGGUCUCAACGUUCUCGGGUGUCAGCGGCAGGGUCUCGGCGCCGCGCCUGUACUCCACUUCACGCAGGUUCUCGAAAGGCGACUCCUUCGCCUCAGUGGCCGGCGAUGCUGAGUGAAGGCGGAUCUCUGCAUGAGAAGCGCGCUGCCGCCCUGAUGCCGGUGGCCGGCUGGCCGACGUUAUGCCUGCUGGAGGCAACACGAACGCUGGUGGCUCAUGCGGCUGGAAAAAAGCACGAGUCGAUGACAAACAGACAAAGAUGCAGAUCGGCGCCAGCAGCAAGCUGAUCAUGAGGGAUGGCGUCAGGCUCAAGGCAGCAGGCAGCAAGACGGGUAGCGUCUU